AUGGACCCGACGACGGAAUCAGCUCCGUGCAAGUACUUUCAAAAGGGUAACUGCAAGUUUGGAGCGAAAUGCGCAAAUGCUCAUAUUUUGCCUGACGGGCGACGAAUCAACCGGUCCAGCUUCAACAAUGGUAAUCAGAUACCCCUUGGAGGUAGGAUUGCGCCGGAAUACAACAACCAUGGCCCCCGUUCAUCCGCUCUGUCGAUGAGCAUCGUUCAGCAUCCCUUUGCUGUCAGCCAGGGUUUCGGUCAGUAUGACGGUUCGGUGGAACAGCAGAACGGGUACGACAUUGGGUACGGCCCUGGUGUAACCUACGAUUCGGCAUUUGGUUCGCCGCAAGAAAAUGGGUUACCAUUGUCGCCGCUGGCGACUUCGCACCGCACACUGGGCCCUCUAGAUGCAGGUCUGCCGGCUUCUUUAGAUAGCAAUGGGAUCUCGUAUUUCGCAAAGUACGGACCGAUUGCGGCAUCCGUUCCAUCGAAGUUUGGCAUGGAGUCACCACCAGCUUCGCUGCCUCAAAAUUCGGCGCUCCAGUCCCUUCGCCGAUCGGCUUAUGCUGACGACGCGGAAAGCAAUGAACCGUCCCGUUCGAGACGGUCGCCUCCUUUACAGCCUGACGAGACCUCGUUCAGUCAGAGACUGCUUCAAAGGAACCUCGGACGCAACAACAAAUUUCCAAUGUCAUCAAGCCUUCCCAGGCCUAUUGGUCACAUGAUUUCCGAUGAUAGCCCUUUUGACAAUUCGGAAGGUGAGGACCUGGUACCAGCAUCCUUACUCGCUGACGUAUUGGGUGAGCGUGGCAAAGAAAUCAAAAACCGCAGGAUGUCAAGGCCAGACCAUGAUGAUGCUAUCGUAGGGUCAUGGCAUCGGAGGAACAACACGGCGCCAAACACCCCUGGUGAACCAACAAGCGCUGUUGGCUCUCCUGGCUCCAGGUUUGGACCCUUAUUUUCACGACGAGGAAGGGACGAAGAUUCACCGAUAUCCGCGAUUGGCCAUGUCGGCUCCCCUCUUCGCAACUCAUAUGCCCAAAAGCCAAGCCCCCCGUUCGGGCCUAUUGGCCGGCCACAGGAGUCCAUGGAUGGCGGAUCCUUCAUUGCUUCCCCCACCAAGUCUGGACUAAAUCAUCACCACCGCAGUCUACUAUCAGCUACGGUUCCUCGAACACCAUCGACCCAGAUCCCUGAUCGGCGCGCACCUCCAAGCUCUUCUAUCGCCGAAGAGGAUCUCUUUCAAAUUGACGAUGUUGUUGAAGCAUCAUCCAAGAAAACAGGUCAGAACAAUAGCAAGCUCAACGGUCUCGGCCUAGACCUGCCGCCCCACGGCGAUAGUUUGCAUGGCCAAUUCUUACAUUUCUAA